AUGGGCACACGUGAUGAUGUCCCUCCAGCCAAGGCUCUGGUUCAGGUGGCCGUGUACUGUAGGAGCGUCCCUUGGUCCAGUAUCAGGCCACGUGCUCUCCCUGGUGGCAGCAUGGAUUCCAGCCUGCAGGUCUACAAAGAAGCCUCCCUCCAGUCUGUGCCGAAUGCAGUGCAAGAAAAGCCAUCACAGCUCCUGAGUGGAUCUGGGGACCCUGGCAGACUCAAGCUGGAUGCCCCCUUGAAGGGCUGGCAGGCUAGGAAUGGCUACCCUAGAAGUCUCGGGGCCCUGCCUUUGGGACCCCACCUCCUUGCACCAAUCCCCUCACUGGAGUCAGAGGCCAGCAGUGUGGCCCGGGAAACCAUCCAGAUCAAGGACAAGCUCAAGAAGAGGAGGCUCUCAGAGGGCUUGGCAGCAUCUUCCCGAGCUUCUCUGGAUCCUGGAGGAGGUCUCAAAGGUGUCCCCCUGAAGAACACCAUCCCUCGCACUACCUUGCAGAGAUUGCUGAGUGUUCCCAGGCCGAUGCCACCCAUCCAGAGCAUCCCCACCACCCCUGAGGCUGGUGGAGCCAAGGAGAAGAGCCCAGUCCCACCAGGAAGUAGCCAGGGUCCCCAGGAGCUGAGACCUGGUGCCCAGGAGGUCCAGAUCUCCCCACAAUACCUGCACUGCAAUGAUGAGAAGAUGCACAAGUCUCUGGGAGGCAUCGUGAUUCCUCCCAUCCCCAAGGCUGGGCUGUCUGCUGGGACCUCCUCUGGUGCACCCUGCUCCCUUCCCAGUCCCUUGCCUCUAGGACAGGAUGUCCUCAAAGUCCUGAGGGCCCCACGCACUCGAUUGGUUCGGGAGAGUGGGCCUCGGGAGAAGACUCCUAAAUCUCUGGAGCCCAGACUUUCGGCACCAGUGAGCAGAGACAGGUCUGCCCCUGCGGAGAAGCCUGCUCUGCCUCCAUCUCAGUCUGCUCCUACACUCACGGCCCUCUCCUUCAGCCAUGCCAAAGAAGCCCGCCCUUUAAUGAAAGAAGAGGACCAGAAGGAGAACAAGGUAUCUAUCCAAGUCACGAUCUCCAAAUCUGCCCAGGAGAAGAUGCGGCUGAAGCAGCUGAAGGAGAUGGAGUUGUUUCGGAGGGCAAAGGAGCCAGAGCGGGAGAGGGAGCUUGUUGCCCAGAGCCUGGGCUCCCGGAGAAUCUUGGUGAAGGAAGGUCUCCUUCCUCUUCGGGGCAGCGGGACCCAGUCUGUGCCCACUGGUCUGAGCAGUCCACGGAGAAACAACAUUGGAAUCAUCCUGAGGAAGCGAGCCAACAGGUCCUCACUCCCCAGCAUUCCAGUCAGCAAGCAGGAGCCCAGCUUUGCCCGUCAUGCUUCAGCUAACUCAUUACCUGCGGUGCUUACUUUGGGGUCUCCUGAAUGGGAAGAGGAGGAAGAAGAGAUGGAUCUUAGAGCCUUGAAAGAACUGAGGCCUUUCUCAAACCCAGAGCUUGGGUUGAUGGAUGCCCUCCAGAGCCUCAGCAGCAGCGACUGGCAGGUGAAGGAGAAGGGCCUGGUGAGCAUCCAGCGCCUGAUAGCGUGCCACUCAGAGGUCCUCGCUGGGAGGCUGCACGACGUGUCCUUGGCCGUGACUGGGGAGGUCACCAACCUCCGCUCCAAGGUGUCCCGCUUGGCCAUCAGCACCCUGGGAGACCUCUUUCGGACCUUGAAGAGGAACAUGGACCAGGAGGCCGAGGAGAUUGCCCGCUGCUUGCUCCAAAAGAUGGGCAACACCAGCGAGUUCAUCCAGAGAGCAGCCAACCGGUCGCUGGGGGCCAUGGUAGAGCAUGUGACCCCUGCCCGCUCCCUGGUGGCCCUGACCACAGCCGGUGUCUACCACCGUAACCCUUUAGUCAGGAAGUGUACUGCUGAGCACCUCUCGACUGUCCUGGAGCAGAUCGGCGCUGAGAAGCUACUCUCAGGUACUCGGGACAGUACAGACAUGCUGGUGCACAACCUGGUGAGGCUAGCCCAGGACUCCAACCAGGACACCAGAUUUUAUGGUCGUAAGAUGGUGAAUAUCUUGAUGUCCAAUGCGAAGUUUGAUGCAUUUCUGAAGCAGUCCCUACCAUCUCAUGAUUUGCGGAAGGUCAUGGCAGCUAUUAAGCAGCGGGGAAUAGAAGAUAAUGAUGAACUUCCAUCUGCCAAAGGCUGCAAAGUGUCAAGGAGUCUGGUGGUGUACGAGAACGGGCUGCCUGAGGAGGGGUUAGGUUUAAACGGCCCGAGGCCGGUGGGGCUGCGCUCUUCGGUUCGGGGUGGCAUGGAGAUGGUGGAGCAGCUGCGCGAGCUGAUGCGUCUGCUGGAGGCCAAGGACUACCAGUCUCGGAUGGAAGGUGUGGGGCAGCUCCUUGAGUACUGUAAGACCAAGCCAGAGCUCAUCACCGCCAACCUGGUCCAGGUCUUUGAUGCUUUCACUCCAAGGCUUCAGGAUUCCAACAAGAAAGUGAACCAGUGGGCGUUGGAGUCUUUUGCCAAGAUGAUCCCUCUCCUCAAAGAGAGCUUACAUCCCAUGCUGCUCUCUGUCAUCAUUGCCAUUGCAGACAACCUCAACUCUAAGAACUCAGGGAUUUCCACCGCUGCUGGGACCGCACUGGAUGCAAUGAUUGAGAACCUGGACAAACUGUGCCUCCUCCAAGUGUUUGCUGGACGGGUGCGUUUUCUGAGCGGCCGUGCGAUGCUUGAUGUCACGGAACGUCUGUCAGUGCUGGUGACCUCAGUUUACUCCCGGAAGUCUCAGGCUGUGGAGCGCCACGUCCUGCCUAUCCUCUGGUACUUCCUGAACAACAUGACGGGAAACGGUGUCCUGCCUGGGCACAAUGGAAACGUGCGCGCCGCUGUGAGCCGCCUGGCCAGGAGCCUGCGAGAGCAGAUGGGUCCCCGGCUGCAAGACUUCGCCGCUGGCCAGCCAAAGCAUGUCCUCAAAACGCUCCAGGAGCUGCUCGACAUGGAAUCCCUAUGA